GCCACAGAGUUGCAUGUCCAACCAGGCCUCGGCGGCUCCUAUGAUCAUUAAUUUGCAGUCUGAGGAAACACAGAACCAUGAUGAAGUUGGGGAUGAUGACGAGGAGGAGGAGGAGGAACGGUCAACAAUGGCCGACGAGUCAGAGAUGUAUGACAUGAUGCAGGGGAACCUGAGGCUUUUAGAGCAGGCCAUUGCUCUUAAAGCCCAGCAGGUAAAAGGUAACAGAGAGUUCAGUCCGAUCUCCGAACAUCCGCACUACUUCCCUCUAGAGGAUCGACCGAACAAACACUUGGAGCUGCUGCGCAAGAGUUUCUACUCUAAAGAAAGUUCCCGGCCAGAGAAGAGAGAGGUCAAAUGCCCCACCCCUGGCUGUGAUGGCACAGGUCAUGUGACUGGACUGUAUCCUCAUCAUCGCAGUUUAUCUGGGUGUCCGCACAAAGACAGGAUCCCCCCAGAGAUCCUAGCCAUGCAUGAGAAUGUUCUGAAGUGCCCUACACCUGGCUGUACAGGACAAGGCCAUGUCAAUAGUAACCGCAACACACACCGAAGUUUAUCUGGAUGUCCAAUUGCUGCUGCUGAGAAGCUGUCCAAGUGCCAUGACAAGCAGCAGCUGUUGCAGCCAGUGACAGAGCAGCCCAAAGGCAGCCCAAACACAGAGAGAGUGCUCAGACCUAUGUGUUUUGUGAAGCAGCUAGAGAUGCCACCAUGUGGCGGUUAUAGGACAGCCAGCAUGGUUCCCAACACACCCCGUGCUAACCUGGCUAAAGAGCUGGAGAAGUAUUCCAAGAUCUCUUUUGAUUAUGCAAGCUUUGACGUGCAAGUGUUUGGCAAACGUGUUCUUGCCCCACAAAUACACACCAGUGAAAGCCCGUCAAAGGUUUUCAAAUCCAAAACUCCAUUAUCCAGAACUUCUCCCCCUAGUCCCAGCAUGCAAAGCACCUAUGAAAAGAACUUACGCAGAGCCCAUGAUUACUCCCAUGAUGCUGAGGCUGCACACAUGGCUGCCACAGCCAUAUUAAAUCUGUCUACACGAUGCUGGGAAAGGCCAGAGAACCUCAGCACCAAACACCAGGAUAAGAAUAUGGAGAUCGAGGUGGAUGAGAAUGGCACACUAGACUUAAGUAUGAAGAAGCCUAUAAAGAAAGAAGGAGGCCCUUUGAGCUCAAGCCCGGCCAUGCGCUCGCCUGCGCUCUCUUCAUCAUCAUCAUCAUCCGGGCACCAUGGCAACACUGCCAUCUCACACCACUUACAAGCCUACAAACAGGAUGAGUGGGAGGGGCCACUGGAUUACACAAAGCCUAGUCGGCAAAGAGAGGAGGAGAUAGAGGAGAUGGAUUAUACAGCCCAGUCUUUUGUCUCCUCUGAUGAUGAGGACUGUGAUAUGGCACACGAGUGUCCAGAGGACAGGAAAUAUCCUGGAGAAGUCACAACCCCCAGCUUCAAAGUCAAGUUCCAACCCAGGGAGUGCAAAAAAGAGCUCCUUAUGUGUCCCACUCCUGGAUGUGAUGGCAGUGGCCACAUCACUGGCAACUAUGCAUCACACCGCAGGUGCCCAACCCCAGGAUGUGAUGGUUCUGGCCAUAUCACUGGUAACUACGCCUCACACAGGAGUUUGUCUGGCUGUCCUCGUGCCAAAAAAGGUGGAAUAAAAAACACACCUACCAAGGAAGACAAAGAAGAUUCUGAACUCUUAAAGUGCCCAGUACCAGGCUGUGACAGUCUGGGUCAUAUCAGUGGGAAGUAUGCCACCCACCGCAGUGCAUAUGGGUGCCCACUAGCUGCACAGCGCCAGAAGGAAGGCGUGCUGAAUGGCACACCUUUUUCUUGGAAGGCCUUCAAGACAGAGGGGCCCACCUGCCCCACACCAGGCUGCGAUGGGUCAGGCCAUGCAAACGGCAGCUUUCUUACUCAUCGCAGUCUAUCUGGCUGUCCCCGUGCCUCACUGGCUAAAAAGAAAGCCAAGUUUCCUGGGGAGGACUACAUAAAUACCAAGUUUAAGGCCAGUGAUGUGCUGGACAAUGAUGAAGAUAUUAAGCAACUCAAUAAAGAAAUCAUUGACCUCAGUGAGUCCAACAAUGAAAUGGAAGCCGAUAUGGUCAACCUCCAAACUCAGAUCUCAUCCAUGGAGAGAAACCUAAAAAACAUUGAGCAGGAAAAUAAGAUCAUUGAGGAGCAGAAUGAAGCACUGUUUAUGGAGCUCUCCGGACUCAGUCGAGCUUUAAUACGCAGCCUGGCCAAUAUCCGACUACCCCAUUUGCAGGAACCAAUCACAGAGCAGAAUUUCGAAAACUAUGUGAGAACCCUGACUGACAUGUACACCAAUAAAGACUGCUACCAGAAUCCGGAAAACAAGGCGCUGUUGGAGACUAUCAACCAGGCAGUGAAAGGCAUUAAGGUGUGACCUGAGGCAUCACCCACUUAGGGCAAAGAAGCAAAAAAAAAGAAAAAAAACAUGGAAAUUGUACACGCAAAAAGGGGGCAUUCAUUUUUUUUUUUUUUUUUUAUUAAUAACAGCCUUCACCACAGGAAGCAUUGUGUCACAAGUGAAAAGAGAAAUAUGUAUAUAUGUCCCAAAAUCCACAGACAGUGCUGGAAUGAAAGGAGAGGAUGAAAAGUCCAUGAUCCAAAUUCUUCGGUUUGGCCAGAGGGGAAAGAAAAGGAAGCUUGUUUUUGCAUAUUUUACCAUACAAUAAAGGAAUAUUUUGCAUGUCUUUAGAAGUGAAUUGACGAUAAAGAAGGGAUUGUGUACUUCAGCACUAACAAAAACCAAACCCUUUGGAUGAAAUUGUCUUUGUCUUGUGUAAAGGGGACUACCGGUCCUUUAUCACAGCAGAUAAUGAAUGAAUCACAACAACUUCAGGUCACUGAGGUCCAUUGUACCAGUUAAGCUCCCAUGGAAUUGCAACACUGGAUCUAAGAUCACAUGCAUGUUUUACUCAUAAAACAUGUUUUACUUUGAGCUGUAUGUUGUCUAUGUCAGAUACCAACAGAUUAACACUGCAGUGUAACCAUCAAACCAUAUGCCUAAAGUUUCAGCUGUUCUAAAACAUAUAUUUUAUUAUUAGUUCUAGAGAAACAUUUAGGUUUUAAAACUUUCAAUAACUAGAUGACAGAAGCACUAGUUCAU